AUGAUUCCCCUACCAGAGAAUCAAUCGCCGCCUUCAAAUCUGCCGUCGGCGCUGCUGAUCAAUUCGUUGGAUGCUCCCAAUGAGCUAUCCGAGGAAGAACAAAUUCGUCUUCGCGAAGAAGAGGAGGAAAAGCGUCGGCAAGAAGAAAAAAUUGCUGACGAAAAUCGUCAAAUUCUUCUCCAAGAAGAACAAGAGAAAGAGGAAGCAGAGUUUCUCGCCGAAACUUGUGAAGAAAAUUUUGAAGAACAGCGUCAGUUGACAACAACUAUGGAGGACGUCGGAGGAUUCUUCACGCCUUUCAACAGCAACUCAGAGGACGGAAGAAGCAACAAAAUGGCAAUGCGAGAGCAAGCCAGAAAUCAAAUUUCCGAAAAUCCUGCUCAUUCAAGUAUGAAUUUGGAAUUCAAACUGGAAUCGGAGCGUCUGAAAAAAGAUAAGAAGCGUUUGGAAGAAGAAAAUCGACUUCUGAAGCUUCAAAUUCCGCUAAAUUCACUGUUUCGCAUCGAAGAAGCACAACAACGAUGUGUUGCAAGUCUGCCGAAGCUUGUGAAGACUCCCGACGUGUCGCCGAUGCCAAAAGGACCGUGUGAAGCAAGGAAACCACCGGAAAAUAUGUCUCGUGAGUGUUUUGUUAAGGAAACUGCGCGCGAUGCGAUUUAUGACGAGACUAUGCAUGAGAAUUUCGCGCAAGACUUUGAUUAUAAUGAGAGUGAGAAAUACACGCCGAAUCGUUAUUAUCAAAGUAAUUGGGACACCGGCAAAGCAUCAGAAACAGCUUUUUUGUCAAUGAUGCAACAAAUGCACAUGCAAAAUCAGCUUUGUGAUCCGCCAAAAUACACUGCUGAAGAGAAAACUGCUUCCAUGGAUGCUUUGUGA